UGGGGCCAGCUGUGAGUCCAGAGUGAAGUGAGGAGGCAAGUGAGAGAGAUGAGGAGUCCCCAGCUGCUUAAUGUUGGAUCAUGGCCUCGGCUCCUGCAGUGGCUGCUGUUGCUGACCCUGGCGCCCUGGCCUGGGGCCAGAGCCUGGAGGUCCCGCGCCCUGCUGCCAUGCCCAGAGCCCUGCGACCCCAGGCGUUGCCCGCCGCUGCCCACCUGCUCCUCGGGGAUGGCACCGGUGCUGGACCGCUGCCGCUGCUGCCGCGUGUGCGCCGGGGCGGAGGGCGAGGCCUGCGGCGGGGCGUGGGCGCGGCCGUGCGCUCCGGGGCUGCAGUGUCGCGCGCCGCCCGGCUCGGGCUCCGAGCGCGUCCGCGGCUCCGGGCAGGGCACGUGCGGAUGCCCGGUGGCGGGGGCGGCCGUGUGCGGCAGUGACGGGCGCACCUACGACAGCCUGUGCGCGCUCCGCCGGGAGAACCGCGCCGCGCGCCUCCGGGGCGCCCUGCCCGCCGUGCCCGUGCAGAAGGGCGGCUGCGGGGACGCAGGGACCAGAAGCGUGGGGCGGCUCCGCGGCAAGUACAACUUCAUCGCCGCGGUGGUGGAGAAGGUGGCGCCCUCCGUGGUUCACUUGCAGCUGUUCCGCAGGUCACCUCUCACCAACAAGGAACUUCCUGCCUCCAGUGGCUCUGGGUUCAUAGUGUCUGAGGAUGGCCUCAUUGUCACCAAUGCACAUGUCUUGACCAACCAACAGAGGAUCCAGGUAGAGCUCCAGAGUGGGGCCCAGUAUAAAGCCACUGUCAAGGAGAUUGACCACAAACUGGACCUUGCACUGAUUAAGAUUGAGCCAAAUACUGACCUUCCUAUACUGCUGCUGGGAAGAUCAUCUGAUCUUCGGGCUGGAGAGUUCGUGGUAGCUUUGGGCAGCCCGUUUUCUCUUCAGAACACGGUGACUGCCGGGAUUGUCAGCAGCACACAGAGAGAGGGAAAAGAGCUGGGGCUGGCAGAUUCAGACAUGGACUACAUCCAGACUGAUGCCAUCAUUAAUCACGGGAAUUCUGGGGGGCCUCUGGUGAACUUGGACGGCGAUGUGAUUGGCAUAAACACACUGAAGGUGACCGCAGGAAUCUCCUUUGCCAUUCCCUCAGAUCGGAUUAGACAGUUUUUGGCAGAAUACCAUGAACGCCAGUUGAAAGGAAAGGCUCCUUCACAGAAGAAAUAUUUGGGUCUGCGAAUGCUGCCCCUCACUCUGAAUAUUCUUCGGGAAAUGAAGAGGCAAGAUCCAAAUUUCCCUGAUGUCAGUUCUGGGGUUUUUGUAUAUGAAGUGAUUGAAGGAUCAGCUGCUGAAAGCUCGGGGUUGAGAGACCAUGAUGUAAUUAUCAGCAUAAACGGACAACCUGUUACCACCACAACUGAUGUCAUCGAAGCUGUUAAGGACAGUGACUUUCUCUCCAUUAUUGUGCGUCGGGGAAGUCAAACCUUGUUUCUGACAGUCACACCUGAAAUAACCAGUUAAGCAUCUUAAAGAGAAAUUAUCUAACAAAACCAAGAUUAUAUGAUUUGGUGUGCACUGAAGAAGUACCAAAGAUGCCAGGGUGUUGGGAUAUCAAGGGGGAAUGGCUGCUCUGGGGACAGGAGCACACAUGUAUGUGUGCACAUACAUUUAAGUCAGGGGUCAUUAGGUUCAGGGCUCUGGGCUGCUGCAAAGAAACCUUCCUAAGCCAAGAGGUGCCAGGAAGUCUGGGGAGCUGAUAAACUUUUAUACAUAUACAAAUAGAUCCACUUGCCAGUUGUAUUAAGAAGCAGCUUGAUUAAAUGAAUAUGUUGUGCCCAUCAAAUUGCCCUCCAGAUAUGUAGGCUUAUACCCAGAGAUUACAGCUGUUCCCACCUUUGGUCAGAGAAUCUUCUUUUUUUUUUUUUAAGAUGGUGGUGACUACUAGGGAAACUCAAAACUCAUCAAAGUGCUGAGAAGAAAUGACUGCUCAGUGCCCAGUGCUAUAUGAAACAUCUCUACGACACCCUCCAUAGCUAAGGAGACAUUGUGGGAAAGGGGGUGGAAAGAAUGUAAGAGGCAGGGGAUGGGG